AUGGCGUUCCUCCUCCUCCCACCUGUCGCCGCGACCCUACUUCCGGACCCCCUGGCCCUGAAGGGAGGCCGCGGAGACGCCGCCCUUAUCAUCUCUCGCGCUCGUCUUCUCCGAUUCUCCCUCGCACUGUCACACCCAGACCUCCGCCUCCUCAAGGCCCGGCGGAGGCGCCGGCUGCUGCGGUGCGCGACGCGCGGGUCUGGCAUCUGCCUCAUCGGCUGCGCGACGGGGGCUGCGAUCGCCGGCCUCGUGAUCGCCACCCACGCCGUUACCGCGUUGUUGGCCGCGGCUCCUGCCUGCGCAGCGUGGUGUGGCUCCUGCUGCUCAACCCCCGCUUGGAUGAAACGCCUGCAGCAACACAUGGACCGGCUUGACGCCGCGGCCAGGGGCGCCUAUGUGCUCAACAAUGACGUGGACACCAUUGAACGGCUGGUGGGCAGGCUCCACGCCACUGUCGAGAGUGACAAGAUCUUGGUAAGGCUAGGGCUUGAGCGCGGGAGGGGGCAGCACCACACCAUCGAAGAGGUGGUGCGGCAGCUCCGGAAGAACCAUCCUAGCCUGCUACGCCAGCUCGCCGACCUCGAGGAACACAUCUGUCUCUACUUUGCAGCCGUUAACCGUGCACGGCUGUUCCUUGUGCACCACCUCAAUGCCCAGUCUGAUCCCAACCUCAAUGCCCAGUCUGAUCCCAACGCUGAGUUGCCUCUCUAG